ACGGGAUACCGAAAAAAAGUUGUUAGUGAGAAGUGUUUUAUUUUAGACCUAUAUAGUGUAAUUCAGAUGUUCUAGAUGGAAUUUUGUUACAUAGCAUGGCUUAAUACAUAAAGUAUUUGUAUAACAACAUAAAAAUCAUAUGGCAGAAAUCCAAAUAAUCCGCCAUUUUGUCUUGAAUGUGAUUUUCAAAAGCGAAGUUGUUGUUAACAAACGCAAAGAAAUUUGUGCAGGUGUAUGUGGAGGAAUUUUCCAUGAAAUUUUCUCUUGAGACAAAAUUUUGAUGAAAUUUCCUUUAAAGACAAAAUUUCGAUAAAAUUUCCUAUAAAGACAAAAUUUCGAUGAAAUUUUCUCUAAGACAAAAUUUCGAUGAAAUUUUCUCUAAAGACAAAAUUUCGAUGACAUUUUCUCUUAAGAUAAAAUUUUGAUGAGAUUUUCUCUAAAGACAAAAUCACGAUGAAAUUUUCUCUUAAGACGUAAUUUCGAUAAAAUUUUCUCUCAAGACAAAAUCACGAUGAAAUUUUCUUUCAAGACGUAAUUUUGAUAUAGGUUUUUCUAAAGACAAAAUUUCGAUAAAAUUUUCUCUCAAGACAAAAUCACAAUGAAAUUUUCUCUCAAGACGUAAUUUCUACGAAAGUUUCUCUAAAGACAAAAUUUCAAUGAAACGUACUAACGUAAAUAUAAAUCUGACAUCUUAAGCAGGGUAUUCUGUUCACGUUUCCAUGCUGCGAAACGUUGGCUAAAAAUCGGUGGAAAAGUAGUAAUCUACUUAUAGUGAGGAAAAUUGUGAAAAAAUUAAAUUAAAAUUAAAACCAUUCCCGCGGCAGCCGGUUGUACGUACCGGAUUGAACCAAUGGAGUCCUUCAUUGGCAAGGGCUGCUGCCGCAGUGUACAACACACUGCUACAACAACAAAUUAAAGUGGCAAUACUUGAAACUAAUUCUGUUUGUUUUAUUGGGAUUCAAUGGUUCGUUUUUCUUUAUUUAUUUGCAAAAAUUGUAUUAAAUAGAGAAAACAAUAGGUGCAGUUAAAAAAAAAGUGUUUUGUUAUGGAAAUAAAAACAUUUGAUUGCUGUCAAAUUUCGUUUGCGAAACAAUGAAAAAUUUUCGCGGUUAUGUCGAAAGCAGAAUAGAAUACCAACCCUUAACAAGCGUGAAACAAGCUUUAAUUAUUGAGCCAUGCUAUUUAACCAAAUUUUUCCACAAAAGACCAAACGGCAACUCUGAAUUCAAAAAUUUUCUGAAUCAGCUGUCUCAACAAACCGCCAAAGGUCACCUUGAAACGUCAAACUCUCUAGUGAGUGUCACCUUCUUAAAUACACAUAUAUUUCGGCUGCACGGAACUGUGGAGCAGCCUUUUUGUGGAGCAGAAAAUAAAAAUAAAAAAUUAAUAAUAAUAUCCAUUAGCCAGUGAUCUAGUGUCAGUGUAACUAAAUAAUCCAAGCACCCAUCAAAGCUUCCUUGGAAAACGAAAAGGCAAACAAAACAGGCAAAUUAUUUAGUAGUGCUGUAAUUUCAAUUUCAUUUUCAACGGUAGUUUUUCUCGAGUAUACAUAAAAGUGCGUGUGUGUUGGGGAGAGUGAGAAGACCACCAAAUAAACCGUUGUUAUAAAACUAAUUUCAAAAAUUAAAUUAAUUUAAAUCGAUUCCUAAAAAAGCAAGCAAGUGAAAAUGUCAUCGACCAAUAUCAAACAACGUUUCAUUGAACGCGGCUCCCAUAAGGGCAAGGGCUUAGCGGUCUUUACCAGCGGAGGUGACUCGCAAGGCAUGAAUGCUGCCGUCCGUGCUUGUGUUCGCAUGGCCAUCUAUCUUGGAUGCAAGGCCUAUUUUAUUCGUGAAGGUUACCAGGGUAUGGUAGAUGGUGGCGACAAUAUUGUUGAAGGCAAUUGGGCCUCUGUGUCAUCUAUUAUUCAUAGGGGUGGUACUGUUAUUGGCUCGGCCAGAUGUAUGGAUUUCAAACAACGCGAAGGUCGCUUGAAGGCUGCCAACAAUCUCAUCCAAAAAGGCAUUUCCAAUUUGGUGGUGAUUGGUGGUGAUGGCUCUCUAACCGGUGCAAAUUUGUUCCGCCAAGAAUGGACUUCCUUGGUGGAUGAACUUUUGCAGAAGGGACAAAUUACAGAGGAACAAAGAAAAAAACAUGAUGUAUUGCACAUUGUGGGCAUGGUGGGCUCUAUUGAUAAUGACUUCUGUGGCACUGACAUGACCAUUGGUACCGAUUCCGCUUUGCAUCGUAUUAUUGAAGCCAUCGAUGCUAUUGUUAGCACUGCCUACUCUCACCAGCGUACCUUUAUUAUGGAAGUUAUGGGUAGACAUUGUGGUUAUUUAGCCCUUCAAGCUGGUAUGUCCUCCGAAUCAGAUUAUAUAUUUAUACCUGAAGAGCCCGUCCCAGAGAAUUGGCAAGAAGAUCUAUGUGAAAAAAUUAUAGAGGAGCGUAAUGCUGGUCAACGCUUGAAUAUUAUUAUUGUUGCUGAAGGUGCGAUUGAUCGUGAUGGCAAAGCCAUCUCAGCGGAAGACAUCAAAAAGGUAGUUGUGGACAGAUUGCAACAGGACACCCGUAUCACUGUGCUUGGCCAUGUCCAACGUGGUGGUAAUCCCAGUGCUUUUGAUCGUGUCUUGGGCUGCCGCAUGGGUGCUGAGGCUACUUUGGCUUUGAUGGAGGCUACUCCUGAAACUGUGCCCGUGGUGGUCUCUUUGGAUGGCAAUCAAGCAGUGCGUGUGCCUUUAAUGGAGUGCGUAGAACGUACUCAGGCCGUGGCAAAGGCAAUGGCAGAAAAGAACUGGGAAUUGGCUGUCAAGCUAAGAGGUCGUUCGUUUGAACGCAAUUUGGAGACCUACAAAAUGUUGACCCGUUUGAAGCCUCCCAAGCACGAGGGAAAGGGUUACCGUUUGGCUGUUAUGCACAUUGGUGCUCCCGCCUGUGGCAUGAAUGCUGCUGUCCGCAGUUUUGUGCGUAAUUGCAUUUAUCGUGGUGACACCGUCUUUGGCAUUCAUGAUGGCAUUGAAGGUCUGAUCGCUGGCAAUAUCAAGGAAAUGGGUUGGUCCGAUGUCACUGGCUGGGUGGGUCAAGGUGGCGCCUUUUUGGGCACCAAACGUACCUUGCCCGAAUGUAAAUUCAACGAAAUCGCUUCUCGCCUCAAGGAGUUCAAGAUUCAAGGUCUUUUGAUUAUUGGUGGCUUUGAGGCCUAUCAUGCCUGUGGUCAAAUUGCCGAUCAACGUGGCAAUUUCCCUGAAUUCUGUAUUCCUUUGGCUGUUAUUCCAUCGACCAUUUCCAAUAAUGUGCCUGGCACUGAAUUCUCUUUGGGUUGCGAUACUGGCCUCAAUGAAAUCACCGAAAUCUGUGAUCGCAUUCGCCAAUCGGCCCAAGGUACCAAACGUCGUGUGUUCGUUAUUGAAACCAUGGGUGGCUAUUGUGGUUAUUUGGCCACUUUGGCCGGCUUGGCUGGUGGUGCUGAUGCCGCUUAUAUCUUUGAAGAGAAAUUCUCAAUUAAAGACUUGCAACAGGAUGUCUAUCACAUGGCCUCAAAGAUGGCUGAGGGUGUACAACGUGGCUUGAUUUUGCGCAACGAAAAGGCUUCUGAAAAUUACAAUACCGAUUUUAUUUAUCGUUUGUAUUCCGAGGAAGGCAAAGGCCUGUUCUCUUGCCGCAGUAAUAUUUUGGGUCACAUGCAACAAGGUGGCUCCCCCACACCAUUCGAUCGUAACAUGGGCACUAAGAUGGCUGCUAAAUGUGUGGAAUGGUUCUCGGAACAAUUCAAUAAUAACGAACAAGCUGAUGGCACAAUUAAAUGCACCAACAAAGAGUCUGCCGUGCUGUUGGGUAUUGUAAGGCGUCAAUAUAGAUUCACUCCUCUGGCCGAUUUGAUUGCUGAAACUAACUUUGAACAACGUAUUCCCAAAAGCCAAUGGUGGCUGAAGUUGCGUCCCUUGUUAAGAAUAUUGGCCAAACACGAUUCAGCCUAUGAGGAAGAAGGUUUGUACAUCACCGUAGAGGAAGAAUGCUCCACCGAUGCCGUGGCUUAAACAUUUGGAUCAUUCGAGCAGACAGCAAAAUCACUCACAUGCCCAUGAUGAUGUUUUAGAUUGCCAGCCAGCCAAUUGAAAAACUCCACUGAAAAGCUACUUGAUAUUUGCUAAACCUUUUUUUUUGCACAUAUACAUUGACUCACUUAAAUAUUCGUUUUUCUGUUUUCUUCAGAUAUUUUGGAUUUUUUGUAAAACUAUAAAUAUUCCAACAGAUUCACAGAAUCAUGUGUACCACGGAAGUGGUUUAAUUGUCACAGAAAAAAAGUCUUUCAUUACACAAAAACACAUGCAUUGGGAAAAAGUAUAGCUAAUAGACAGGGUUGUCGAGUGUGGUUAAUGUUGUAAUUGUAUCAUAGAUAGUCACGGCCCUUGAAGCCAACACACCUAAUAUGGUUGAAAAGUCUGCUAACCGUAGAUGAAAUCCAUCCCAUAGUGGUUGGUGUGUGUUGCUAUCUCUGGCUUUCCUUUUCCAUUUACAAUCUCCGAUCAUUGAGCUCGUCACGAAAGAGCAACAGAAAAAAAAAUAAAAAAAUUAAAUGAUCUUCGCCCUAACAGGCAAACAAUUUGAAAAAUAUAAAUUUGCUUAAAGAAGUAUAUAAAGAAGCGAACUAUGCCCAAAAAAAAAAAAAAUAGGAAAAAAUAUCUUCAUAUUAUUUCUAAGGAUUAAUAGAAAACAACAAAAAAAAAUCUUGUUCACAAAAGUAUUCGUCGGUAAAUUUAUUGAAAAGUAAGGACUUUAUAUUGAUCACAUUUAGUACUUUGUAUGGUUGUUGUUGUUUUUGCAGCAGUGUGUUGUACACUGAGGCGGCAGCCCUUGCUGAUGAUGGAAUCCAAAGGGUGUACGAACAACCGGCUGCCAUGGCAAAACCUUAUAAGCUCAGAUGGCCUUUAAUAGCCUUGAUUCGAUUUGAUUCUACGAAUUUUCAACACAUUUCUGGAGUGGUUUUGUUCCAUUCUUCCUGCGGCAUUUAUUUAAAGGUUGAACUGGAUGAAAUUUGUUUGAGUUUGGAGUCCUUUCCGGGACCCCAAAUGAGAUCACAGAUUUCCCGUGCCAAUAAGGAUUACCAUAGAAAGUUCAAUCCCAUGGCAUGUGUACAGGAUUGACCCGAUGAAUUCCUUCAUCGGCAAGGGCUGCCGCCUCAGUGUACCACACACUGCUACUACAACAACAACCAUAAAAAGUUCUAAAUAUAAUCAAUAUAUAGUGCUAACUUUGUGAUGCAUUUACCGGCGAAUACUUUUGUGAGCAAAAUUUGUAGUUUUUUUUUUCUUUAACCUAAGAGAUAAUAAAAUGAAGAUAUUUUUUUUUAAUUUUUUGGCAUAGGUUUGCUUUUUUAUAUACGUCUUUGCGCAUCUCGAUAAACAUUGAAAAACGAAUACUUAUGUGAGUCACUGUAUAUAUAUUUUAUAGAAUUUUUAUUAUAUAGUUUAAAGUAUUGCACUUUAGUCUAAAUUUUAUUUUAGAUAAUGUCGAUGCCGAUCUUAAAGCGCCACACUUUUAUAUAUCGCAACAGUUUUCGAAAACAAAGCCUCACAUGUGUGUUACCUCCAUGUGGUCGAAAAAAAGCUUUAAUUUUUACUUGUGUUUUUUCCAUUUUUUUAGUUAUAUAUCAAAAGUUCUUGUUCUAAUUAACUCAGGACCUGCUGUUUUAGUAAUGAAGCAAACCAAAAAGUACCCCAGUUAUUAUCAUUAUUUCUAUGUAUUUUUUUUAUUUUUGUUUUUAAAACAUUCACCGCCUAUUUCAUACUGCAUACAUUCACAUUUACAUUGUGUUUUUAUUUUAUUUAAAUUUUAUUUAUUUAUUUAUGAUAAAAACAUUGAUAUUGUAGCUAUUAUUUAAAUCUAUUAUUGAGUAUUUAAAAACACAUUAAACAUAAAAAUCCCUGCUAAAAAAAGAAAUACCGAUAAAGGAUUAAAUAUUUUGAAAUACAUUUUCAAGCUGCUUGUAUUGUAUGUAAAGGAUUUUAAAUAAAAAAAAAAAAAAACAUUAAAUGCUUAGGCGUCUUCAAAAUGUCUGUUGUUGUUAACCUUUUUCCUUUCGUUUUGGAAUCUUAAGAUUAUAAAUGAGACAAAAACUAAAACAAUAUCAAACAA